AUGGCACAGUAUAUGCCAAAGUCCACAUUCCAUUUGAUAUACAGUACAUUCGUCAAGGUGGAACGUGCAUUGUUUGAGAAGGAGAUUACACGCUGUUUUGCAUCCAUGUUUUCUUCGCUGGAAAUUCGUAUUCGAACAGCCAAUUGGAAAAAUCCCCCAAUGUUCAAGCAUGUAACUCUCUACUUGGAUGGUCAUGACUCUCGAACAACAUAUGGGGAAGAUAAAGCAGCAAUGUAUUCUUAUAAGUUAAAGAAAUCGGGUUUGAGAACGCAAGUGGCCAUCGAUGCCAAUGGAAUGGUUCUCUUUGUAUCCAAAUCAGCGUCAUGUCGUGAUAACAACGAUGGGAAAAUGUUACAAGAGAUGGGCAUUGGUAAGAAGAUCAACAACAUGGACUGUAUUGCUCUCGAUGGAGGAUAUACACAAUACAUUGGCGAUAUUGUGGAAAAAGAAAAGUUGGACGAGCGUAACUUCUGUUUUCCCAUUCGUAAGAAACGACUACAGCAACUCCACGAAGAGGAAUCCAACUUUAAUGCUAUAUUUGGUGGAUUUCGAUCUACGUCAGAGGCUGUCUUUGGUGAUCUCAUGAAAACAUUCGCCAAGUUUAAUAACAAGGAGAUUGUUCGAGUUGGAUCUAAAAAGGAGUUUAAUCUUACACUCCGCCUUUGUCUUCUCUUGCUAAAUGUUCGCAACUUUGUCAAAGCAGUCGACAUCGAAGAGCUGCCACAUCAUCGUGGAUGGAUGGAAGAAGGAUACGUUCAGCUUACAAUCGAGCUCAUCACCAAGGCCUUUGAGACAUUCUCCUCUAAGAAGGGAGUGGAGUUUAACAAGAAAGAUGCAAAUAAGAUCUUUAAGGCGCUUGAUGAGGAUGAUGAAGUAGAGAGAUACUACUUUUGUGGAGAAAAGUGCACCAAGUCCAAGCGCAAAUGCAUGAAGGAAGUUGAUGAUGAAGGCAUGCAUUGUUAUGUCCACGAUCCUGCGCGCAAGUGUCAAGGCACAACCAUUAAGGGCGCUAAUUGUGGUAGUGUAGCCAAACUUGGUGAAACAUACUGUGGACGUCAUCGAGAGCAGCAUAAAGGUCAUAUGAAAAGCAGUAACAAUAAGGCACCUGCCAACAAGCGUACCAAGUCUUCCAAGAUGACCAAGAAGACACAUACUCCUGAGUUUGUGCCUUCAGAUGCUGAUAUGACUUCCGAGGAUGAAGAACCAAAGAAGCGAAAGAAAAACAAGCAGGAGUCAUCGGAUGAAGAGCCGUCCGAUGAUGAUGAUGAAGAAGAUAUAAUUGCCGUCUCCUUUCCGUUGAGUCCAAAGGUAGUUGACAUAACGUCCAAGAAAAAUGUACCACUCGCUAAUACAUGUAUAUGGACGCGUUAUGCAACUAAUCCAGCUUUCCUGUAUGCAAAAAGCUUUACUGUAAAUGGCAAGUACAUUAUUAGGCUAAAGGAAAAGAAUCUCUACAUUGCAUUGUGUCCACCUAAGCUCAUGGGCAAGAAUCUCCCUGCGCCAGAAAUAUCUGAGAAAGAGGCACGCAUAUUGGCCAAGAUGGGUCUUCAAGAGGCAACUUCAGCAGAUGUAGAAAAAAUAGAAGAGUCUUCUGCUGAUGAGAAUUCUGACGAUGAUACAGAUGAUGGUGAUACGUCUGAUAAUGCUGACUCUGACGAUGAUUCCUCUAAAGAUAAAGACUCUGAUGAUGGCAAGUCCAAUAACAGACCUGAUGUAGAAUCUGGAGAUGAUACCUCUAAGGAUAACCCUGAUGAAAAACUAUCUCAUAAAAAGCCAUCUAAGGAUGAUGAGAAGAAGAUUUCUCGAAAGAAAAGGCAUUCAGAGAUGCCCAAAAAUGCAGAGCCAUCUUCUAAUGUAGAUGUUUCUAAGGAUGAAAAAGAUGAACACACAUUUGCACUGGCCACAACGGUCCGUAACAUUAGAUCAGAGAAAGACAUACCACUUGCAAAGGAUGGAGGAUGGAUGGUUCAUCCUAAUAACGACAUGCUUGAGUAUGCAACUAACUUUACGAUGAAGGCUAAGUACAUUGUCAAGCUAUGUGGAAAGAAUACAUACGUUGGCCUGUUUACGCUUGAUCAUCUGCGUGGCGGUGGUGAUGUUCCAGAGAUGGAUAUCUUGGAACGCUCCAUGCUUAGCAAGAUGAAACUUCAAGAAAUGUCUGAUGAAGAGAGAAAGAUGCUUUUCAACGAGGAGGUCGAAGUAGAAGAGGAACUACCAGUGGAAGGACCGACAGAUAUAUCCAAGAUGAAAUGGAAAAGGUUUCACAAGCAGCAAUUGGAGUAUUCCAAGAAUGUACUUGUAAAUGGAAAGCACAUUCUCAAGAUCCGCAAGCAAAACAUUGUAGUUGGUUGGUGA